CAUGUGUAUCUCCAAGAAUUUCAACAAACUAUUUGGGUUUCUCGAUCCAAAUAGGAUACUAGUUCACACAAAACCGGCCGAAGUUAUUCAAACAUACAUACAAAAUAAGUUGGAUGGAGAGCCAAAAAAAUGUUAUUUAGGACCAUUGCUAAAUAGCAAUCACUGGCAAUUGUUUGUCAUUUGUCCUGAAGAUAAUAUUAUUUUUUGGUUUUGUUCAUUAAACAGAUCUCCUAAGAAAAAUAUUAAGGUCAUAUUGGAGGGAGCUCUAGAAGGUUAUCAUUUAUUAAGAGGUAUUAAGAAGAAGAAGCCUAAUUGGAAGAAUAUUAUGGGGCAUCAACAAGAUAACGGAUGGGCAUGUGGAUAUUAUGUCAUGAAAAAUAUGUUUGACAUUAUUGAUGCUUGUAUUGUUGAAAGAUUCAAUGAGAUAUUCACAGACACCUCAUCAUAUGAAAAAGAGUCAAUUGAUCACAUCCGACAACUUUGGGCUCAAUUCUUUUUGCAAAAGGUUGAAGAGCAAGAGAACCAGGAAAAGAAAGAUUUAAUGACAAAACAGAAGCGAUUAAAAAAAACUUAUAUAUAGAUAUAUUUUUGUUCCAUGAAUGAUUUAUUGGUACAAGUUACAUGAACAAAGUGGUUGAAUUUUUUUCUUACAUGAAUACAAUUUUUGUUGA